CAGGCAUUUGCGGUGAUCACGCGACGCUUCACCUCACUCUACUUUGUCAUGAUCAGCAAGGUGCUUUCAGGAUUGGGCAUGAUUUUGGUGGCGAACCACUUCAUUGCAUGCUUCUGGUAUGGCCUGGGGCUGCUCUAUUUGGAGGAGGGUAGCUGGCUGCUACUGGCAGGCAUUGAGGAGGCUGACUUUGGCCUUGGAUAUGUGGCGGCGAUGCAUUGGAGCCUGACUCAGUUUACCCCGGCGACCAACAACAUCUCCCCCGUGACACCAUUGGAGAGGCUCUUCGCGGUCGUGGUGAUCUUGAUAGCGAUGGGAGUCUUCUCCUCCUUCAUCAGCUCCAUCACCAGCGCAGUGAACACCUUGCGGGCCGUUCGCAUGGAGCAGCUGAAGCAGGAGUCUCGGAUACGGCAGUUCUUCAACGAAAGGAACUUGUCCGCAGAGCUGUUCAACAAGGUUCAGGACGUUUGCCGGAAGCGGGGCCUUUUCGAGAUUCGCCUCAAGGAGCAUGAGGUGCUGCUUCUCAACGAGAUCCCUGACUCAUUGAAAUCUCGACUCCAUGAGGAGAUUUUCCUGCCAUUGAUUGUGACGGCAGACUUCCUUCCUCAUUGGUGUCAUUACAAAGACCAUCGCUUCCUCAGAAAGGUCUGUCACCUGGCCAUGUACGAGAGCUCGGCAGUUUCUGCUCAGGACGUCUUCUCCCGAGGAACUGAAGGGAAGGACGUGUUGAUUGUGCAGCAAGGCAGCCUGGGCUACUAUGUCAACGCGCAGGAAUCCACCACAGAGUUUGAUCCAAGUGGCAACAAGGAGCGCUGGCAUAUAGAUGAGGGCACUUGGCUAUCCACCCCAGCGUUGUUUGCGAACUGGACGCACCGCGGCAGGCUGAAUGCUGACAGCGGAACCUGCUACUUCGCAGUAUUGCAGGGCGAAAUCUUCUGCGGGCUUGCGGCUGAAUACCCCGGACCGCUGUUCCAGUACCUGCAGAUCUUUGGUCUGCUGUUCCUGGGCUGGCUGUGUCAGGGUUGUUGAAGCGGAUCCCAUUUCUAUGGUCUCUCAGGUUGAUCAGCGUCAUUGAGGCUGGGACGCAGUAAGCAAGGCCCCGAUUCAAUCCCCUGACUGAGACUGUCUCUUACCAUGCCUCAAGCUUCCCGUUUCCUUGCAGAUUCGUGUCUUUGUUGCAGCGCUCGCGUGCUGACAACCCAGCAUUCUUUCACCUAUGGUUUCUCCGAGAAAUGGGCCAUGAAGGAGGCAUUGAGUCGGCGCUUUCUUUGGCCUUUCCAUCC